GCUGACUGGCCACUUCUGGGCAAACAUUAGCCACUCUGUUUUCUGCACCAUCUUUUGUGAUCCCAGCAAAAACCGUGCAGAGAGGAGACAGAAGAUCAAAAACCCGCAAGGGAAGGCAAGGCAAGGGGAAGGGAGAGAAAGAAACAGAACCCAGGCCAAUGCCUUGGCAGAAUGUCAAAGGAAAGAGCAGCUUUUUGUAAAUAUCCAAGAAAAUUAAUACCAUACCGGGCAGGGUGGUGGGUGGGGUGGAGGUUGCUUUUGGAAGGGGUGGUUGCAUGGGGCCAGCAGAAACUCACUAGAUAAACUGCUACAUCAAAGGAAGCUUGGAAGAAAAGGGCAAAGGAAAAGUUCAGAAGGCAAGUCUGUGAUGUAGAAAGAGAGUUGUGGGGGGAAAGACAGGGGGAACGGAGAGCAAAGAGGAGGUGAGGAGUUAAACUUGGAGGUACGGGGAGGGCGGAGGGCUGUGCGCUCAUGUUUUUUGAGUUGUAAACUGAUGAGAUCAUAAGUGUUUUCAAGCAAGCAAGGAGAGUAGGGAAACAGCCUGCAAAAAUUUGGCUUUUCAAGGGAAAAGCCAGAGAGCUGAACGCAAGAACCAUGGAGCCUGCGAGACGAUUCCUCUGGUGUCUGCUGUUACUUUUGCGAGAAACUCUUGUUCAUCCCUACUCAGUCCCUGCAGAUGCGUCCAAUCCUGAGAGCGUGGUGGUGUCCGUGCUGAACUUUACCGCCAGGGCAGGUUCCCAAAUGGCCUUGCCUUGCAAGAGCUACCGGAUGGUAUGGACCCAGGACCGCCUGAAUGACCGCCAACGCGUGGUCCACUGGGACUUGUACCGAAACCAGUAUGAUUAUAACAGCGAGAGACUGUGUGACAUGUAUUCUGCCGGGGAGCAGCGAGUCUACAGUGACUACAACAAAGGCCGGAUAUUUAUGCCCGAUACCGCAUUUGAGGAGGGCAACUUCUCGUUGGUGAUCAAAGACGUUGCCAAGAGCGACCAGGGCAUCUAUUCUUGCAACCUCCACCACCAUUACUGUCAUCUGUACGAAUCAGUGAAGAUCCAACUCGAUGUCACCACAAAAGCGAAAGGCGCAAAGAAGUAUUGGGACGGGGAGAAGGCUGUGAUUGUGGCCUUGAAGGGAAGUACCGUGGAGCUCCCUUGUAUCAACCGAAAUCACAUCUGGACGGAUCGGUAUAAUGAAGAAGAUCAGCAAGUGGUUCAUUGGGACCGGCAACCGCCAGGCGUGCCUCACGACCGGGCCGAUCGCCUCAUUGACUUGUACGCCUCUGGGGAAAGGCGCUCCUAUGGGCCUCUCUUCAUCCGGCAAAAGAUGAAUAUCACUGAAAGAGCCUUCAGCCAGGGUGAUUUCUCCCUGAAGAUAUCUGGUUUGGAGGCUGCCGAUGAAGGAACCUACUCCUGCCAUCUCCACCACCAUUACUGUGGCCUUCACGAGCGCCGUAUCUUCCAGGUGUCUGUCAUGGAGCCAGAACCAGAAAAAAAGGUGGUGAACAUCACCCGCCACAACGCACCAGCUGCAGAUCCUAACGCUGGCCGUGGACACAACGUGAUCAACGUCAUUAUUCCCGAGAGCCGAGCCCAUUUCUUCCAACAGCUGGGGUACAUCUUGGCGACACUGUUGCUUUUCAUUCUCCUCCUUAUCCUCGUGGUUCUCGUCACCCGCAAGCGCCGGAGAAGAGGUUUCGAGUACAACAUGAAGAAAUGUGACCAGAAAGACGUGAAUCUCAGGGAGUUUACGGCUGACAUGACCAAUUUGUCCAGCUACAAAAGCGAAGACAUUACGCUGGAUUAUAAGAACAAUAUCCUGAAGGAGAAGGCUGGGCACAGCAAGUACAUUCCAGCCAAGAACAUCGACUUAGACAAAGACUUUCGGAAGGAAUAUUGUAAAUGAAAAAUGAGGACCUCAACGCUCCUGGCUGGACCAGAAGCCCUGAUUAGAACUUAAAAGAGCGAAAGAAGCUCUUAUGAAGUCAUCCUUCCGGUUACGAAAGAGCUCAGUUUAGACUUUCUCCCUCUCUUGGGGGGCAACCAAAGCAAUCAAUGAUGCUUUGAGUGACACAUUCCUCUUUAUUAUCCUAUAAAAUGGUCAUUUAAAGGAGGGGGAGAUUUGGGGGGGGGUUUUAACUUUUUGCCUUUCUGACCCUUUUCCCUCCUUUUCCUUAUUUGAAUCAGUAUUUUGUGUUUUUUUUAAACUGACUUUUUAAAAAUAAGCUGAAAAAAAUAGGCGCUUAGCUUGAUGUUUAAACACAAAAUGGAUAUUGUGAUAUCUUUUACUGCGCUGUCAUUUUAAAAAUAUUUUUUUCCAUAAACGACUGUCUCUAAUUGGGCCUGCUUGGUGUGGGAACAUCCUUCCACUCUUCACAGAACUCUUUAUCAGACUAUUCGGGGUGACGAAUUGUUCUCUUUGGGGUCUGCAUGGUAGAAGGUACAAUUUGAGGCUGUUCAGUGCAACCUCGCAGUACAGAUCCAAGCUGAAACCAGGAUACUUCUUGGAAUUCCCAGCAACCUUUUUGGGGGUGGAACUCUGGUGGUCUUUGGGUCUUGAUAAAGAAUUUCUCAGCUGAGAUUUUGCAUCUGAUUAAUCAACAAAUUUUGCUGAAGGCCCGUCAACACUCUGGGAACCCAAAUGGAUAAUUUCAAAUAUUCUGAACUAGGGUGGGAUAUCAGACAUUCCAACUACCCCUAUUUUCUGGUGGCUGCCCCUCAAAAACAACUGCCCCAGUCUCAACUCUUCCUCCUGUCUUUUGGGAGGCCAUGUUAAAAUAUUGUUAGCUUGAUUUGCCGAUGUUGUUGUCCUUCAAGAUUAACCCCUUCCCCAGGUCUCAAGAAGAAAUUAAAACUCUCAGUGGAGGUUGGAUGCAUCUUAUUUUGAGUAUACAUUCACGUCGCAGUGUGUGCGCAUGAACAGGCACCAUGUACAGCAAACAGUGUGCUAAUUCACACACAGUGGUUCACAAGGCUUGUUUUGAACUGUUUAUGUGUUGUAGGGCUGUUAUAUUUGAAAUUUUCUGUUUAUUUCAAAGAAACCUCUUGGCUUUUAAAUCCAUGGAUGGCAGGCUAUUACAGAAUCAAUAAACAUACCAGGCGCAGAAAAAUCA